CGCUUUUCAGUAUUAUUCUAUUCGCCUGCGUUUCAAGUUGGUUUUCACGGACUGCAGCCUACGUGCACGCAUACAUACAUACAUACGAGAUAUAUACAUAUACAAAUGUGCUCAUCUAAAAUAAAACAAAACAUAAUCAAAAAAGUAUGGCAAUAACAAUAACAACUGCGGCGUGAUAAUAACAAAAAGCACUACAACAAAUGUGAACAAGUGUUAAACAAUCGAAAUGCAAACAAAAUUAUAAGUUUGUACAACAAAUGCACAGUGCGAAAAAUACGAAUGUAAAUCACGUUUAUAAAAAGAAUAUCAAGAAAGAGAAAAAAAUACUAAAAGUUUAUCUAACUGUAAAACAGCAACGUGGGAGGCGUCUCAGUGCGCUGACAACAACCGAGCAAACAAACGAGCAAAAGAGCGAGAGAAAAAUAGAGAGCACUAAUAGUAUAUCGAGAUCGUGCCAAGCAACACACAAGGCCAUCGAAUAACCUAUGGAUAAAUGUAAACAACAGUGCAACCAAAUAACAAUAACAACAUAAGCUAUUAUAAAAGUUUAAUCGUAAAAUCGGCAACAGCAGAAACAACAACAUCAAGUGCAGCAACGACAAGCGGAACCACAGAAGCAACAAUUACGAGAUUUUUUUUCAAGAGCAGCGACUGCAUAAGUUGUCGUUGUUUUUUUAUUAAAACACCAACAACAAGCAAUAACAACAAAAAUAUAGAAAAAAUAAAUUGCAGUGUAAAUCCGUUAGCACCCAUAGGCGUCGCGCUGAACGGCCCCGGCCUAAGGGGCCAUGACGCGUUGGCCCUUUAACUUACUACUAUUGCUCUCGGUGGCAGUACGCGAUUGUAGCAAUCAUACCAUCCUCACAGUCGGCUAUCUGACGGCCCUAACUGGCGAUCUCAAGGACCGCCAGGGUCUGGCCAUAUCCGGUGCGCUGACAAUGGCAUUAAAUGAGAUCAACAAAGAUCCGCAUUUGUUGCCAAAUGUAACGUUAGCACUGCGCUGGAAUGAUACCAAGGGUGAUACGGUGCUGGCCACCAAGGCCAUUACCGAGAUGAUAUGCGAUGGCAUUGCAACCAUAUUUGGCCCGGAAGGACCAUGUUAUGUGGAAGCGAUUGUCUCGCAGAGUCGCAACAUUCCAAUGAUUUCCUAUAAAUGCGCAGAAAAUCGUGCAUCCUCGAUACCAACAUUUGCACGCACCGAACCGCCCGAUAAGCAGGUUGUCAAGUCAUUGAUUGCAUUGCUGCGAUAUUAUGCAUGGAAUAAGUUCUCUAUUCUCUACGAGGAGGUGUGGGGUACAGUUGCCGAUCUACUCAAGGAUCAGGCAAUUAAAAAGAAUAUGACCAUUAAUCAUAAACAUCCGUUUAUCGAUGAUUAUGGCAAGUGCUGUGAACAUAAUUUGCCCUGCUGUCGUUCAGGCUAUUGGUAUCAGGUAGUCCAAAACACAAUGAAUCGUACACGUAUCUAUGUAUUUCUCGGUUCGUCGAAUAGUUUAACUGAUUUCAUGAGUUCCAUGGAAACUGCUGGCUUAUUUGCCCGUGGCGAAUAUAUGGUCAUCUAUGUGGACAUGAUGGUAUAUUCGGAACGUGAGGCAAGUAAGUAUUUGCGCAAAGUGGAACAAAUCACUCGCAUGACGAACUGCAAGAGUACCGAGAACUUUAAUCAAUUGGCGCGAAGUUUACUUGUUGUGGCAUCCACACCGCCCACCAAAGGAUACGAGAAAUUUACGGCCCAAGUGCGAAACUACAGUUCGAUGCCGCCGUUUAAUUUCAAAGUGCCGCAGUUGUUCUCGGAGAGUAAAUUUAGCAAGUUCAUAUCGAUCUAUGCGGCUUAUUUGUACGAUUCCGUAAAGCUUUAUGCCUGGGCACUGGAUCAGAUGCUGAGGAUGGAGCAGCGUGUGUUGACCGAUGAGGUCAUCUCUGAGGUGGCCAGCAAUGGAACGCGUGUUAUCGAUACCAUCAUCAAAAAUCGUACUUAUAUGAGCGUCACCGGUUCCACAAUUAAGAUCGAUCAAUAUGGCGAUUCGGAGGGUAACUUUUCGGUGUUGGCAUACAAGCCUCAUAAAUGGAAUAUAACCGAGAAUAUCCGAUGUAAUUAUCAUAUGGUGCCUGUGGCGUAUUUCCAUCAAGGCGAAGAACUUCCAGAAUAUAAGCUCAUCAAUGGAUCGAUUGAUUGGCCAUCAGGUGGAGAGAAACCCACGGAUGAGCCCAUGUGCGGAUUUGCCAAUGAGCUGUGCCAAAAGGACGAUACACAUUAUACAUCCACCGUGGCGGCUGUGGUGUUGGGAGUAUUAUUAUUUUGCUCGGGCGUCGUCACCAUGUCCAUCUAUCGCAAAUGGAAGAUCGAGCUGGAAAUCGAGGGUCUGCUGUGGAGAAUUGAGAUAUGCGAAAUCAAAGGAUAUUCCGGCAAUGAGAUUGUCUCAUCCCCCAGCAAAGUCAGUCUGAUGAGCGCCCAGAGUUAUGGCUCACGUUGGUCCCAUCAGUUUGUGACGUCGACGGCGCGUCUGCGCGGUGCCGUUGUGCGGAUCAAGGAGUUAAAAUUCCCACGUAAGCGCGACAUCUCGCGGGAGAUUAUGAAGGAGAUGCGUCUGCUGCGUGAACUGCGCCAUGAUAACAUCAAUAGCUUCAUUGGCGCCUGUGUGGAGCCCACACGCAUAUUGCUAGUCACCGAUUAUUGCGCCAAAGGCAGCCUCUACGAUAUCAUCGAGAAUGAGGACAUCAAGUUGGACGACCUGUUCAUAGCCUCACUCAUAAAUGAUCUCAUCAAGGGCAUGAUGUACAUACACAGCUCGCAGCUGAUCUAUCAUGGCAAUCUCAAAUCCUCGAAUUGUGUGGUCACCUCUCGCUGGAUGCUGCAAGUCACCGACUUUGGUCUCCACGAGCUGCGACAGUGCGCCGAAAGCGAGUCCAUUGGCGAGCAUCAACAUUAUAGAAAUCAGCUAUGGCGAGCACCGGAACUGCUCCGGAAUCAUCAUAUGCACGGCAGUCAGAAGGGAGACGUUUAUGCGUUUGCCAUAAUUAUGUACGAGAUAUUUAGUCGUAAGGGUCCAUUCGGACAAACCAACUAUGAACCAAAGCAAAUCGUGGACUUAGUUAAGCAGCUGCCAAUUAAAGGCGAGGAGCCAUUUCGGCCAGAGGUCGAAUCGAUAAUAGAGGCCGAAUCGUGUCCAGAUUAUGUGCUGGCCUGCAUUAGGGAUUGUUGGGCGGAACAUCCCGACGAUAGGCCCGAAUUUGGUGCCAUACGCAAUCGCCUGAAGAAGAUGAGAGGCGGCAAGACCAAAAACAUCAUGGAUCAAAUGAUGGAAAUGAUGGAAAAAUAUGCCAACAAUUUGGAGGAUAUUGUUACGGAGCGCACACGUUUGUUGUGCGAGGAGAAAAUGAAAACGGAGGAUUUGCUGCAUCGCAUGUUGCCACAAUCGGUGGCAGAAAAGCUGACCAUGGGGCAGGGCGUGGAGCCUGUAUCCUAUGAUUUGGUCACGAUCUAUUUUAGCGACAUUGUUGGCUUUACGGCAAUGUCGGCGGAGAGCACACCGUUGCAGGUGGUUAAUUUUUUGAAUGAUCUCUACACGGUGUUCGAUCGCAUCAUACGUGGCUAUGAUGUGUACAAGGUGGAGACCAUAGGCGAUGCCUACAUGGUGGUCUCUGGCUUGCCUAUUAAGAACGGUGAUCGUCAUGCUGGCGAGAUUGCUUCCAUGGCGUUGGAUUUGUUGCAUGCCGUGAAGCAACAUCGUAUUGCCCAUCGACCCAACGAGACGUUGAAGCUGCGGAUUGGAAUGCACACGGGUCCAGUGGUGGCUGGUGUUGUGGGUCUGACCAUGCCCCGAUAUUGUCUGUUUGGGGAUACGGUGAACACGGCAUCGCGUAUGGAGAGCAACGGAGAGGCGCUGAAGAUUCACAUAUCGAACAAGUGUAAACUGGCGCUGGAUAAACUCGGCGGUGGCUAUAUCACGGAGAAGCGCGGCCUGGUCAGCAUGAAGGGCAAGGGCGAGGUGGUCACCUGGUGGCUGACGGGCGCCAAUGAUCAGGCGAUACAGAAGAAGCAUGUGGAUAUGAUGGAUAUGCCGCCGCCAUUAUUUAGUCGACCCCGAAAGAGUCCCAAAAUGAAUCCGGACUCCAGGCAGCCCAGCUUGCUAGCCAUGCACAAUUGUGGCGCCGGCUCGCGACGUCAGAGUAGUGUGCCACGGCCCACGGAUGUGGAAUCCACAUACAGUCUGCAGGGAUCUGUUUAUCAGGUGGCACGCGAAUCGCCGCGCUUGUCGGCCAAGCGGGAGAGGGAAAGAGAAAGAGAAAGGGAACGACCAUCGCUAAAUGGUUUGGGCGGACCCUUUGCGGGCAGUGCGCUGCUUGAAUCCGCCCAAGCUUCGCUCAGCACGCUGAAUCAUUCCGAUACAAAUGAAACGAACUGUGAUACUAACGAUGCCGCCGUCAUUGUCGAUGGCGAGCUACUAGAGUUGAAUGGCGGCAUCACUGCUGCUGCUGCUUCAGCUUCAGCUGCUGCUGCUGCUGCUGCUGCUGCUGCCGCUGCAGCUGGACUCGUGCGUCAACCAAAUGCGCUGCACAAGCCGUUGGCAAUGGUGCGACCACAUCGGAUUAUCAGUGCGGCACAGCUGCUGCCAUUGGAUCAGUCAACUGCGACGGCACAUCAUGCGGCUGAGCUGCUGCUGCGCGAAUCCCGCUCCCUGGAUCCGAUGCCGUUGCAGCAGCUGCGCAAGCGACACGAACGUGUCAAGUUGCCGCCCUCGAAGCUGUCCAAGAAUAACUCACGCUCUUUGGACACGGGCGUCUCGCUGAUCAGCGGCAAUCCCAAUGGCGAGGCGACGGCUGAAGAUGAUACGGAUCUGGAUCUGGGCGCCAAUCCGGUGGAUGCCAAUGAUGGCUACGACGAUGAGGUGGGUCUACUCAUGCGUCACGACAACGGACAGGUGUCGACGCUGCGCUACUCGAGCAGCUUUGCUAAUGCCCAUCCCACCAUUGUACCCACCGGGAUGAGCAGCAGCAGGCGACGUACCAGCAAUGUGUCCACCACCGGCAGCAGUUGUGCCAAGCAUUUGAACAACAAUUGCAACGGCGGCAUGAACACGGAGGAGGACCUGCAAUCGCCACUGCUGCAGCGUCAGGCAUCCUUGACCACACCUCCCGAGGAGCUAAUGGCAGACUCCACGCGCUGCCAUUCACUCGAGCACUUGGAACCGGGCGUUCCUGGAUAUGGCAACAGUGUAAGCUAUGCCCCCGACAUCGAUGGACGACAACGACACGAUGAGGGAGGAGGAGGAGGUGGCGGCGGCGGCACCUUGGAUGGACACUCGGGCAUCAAUCAAAGGGCGACACGCAGCAGCAACAAGCUGGGCAGUUGGGUGGCCAAUUUCUUCAAGGGCAACGUGAUGCGCAGCGGCAAUGGCAACGAAUCGACACUAAGUCGCGUCAGCAUUUUGCCGAGCAGCGUUCAAACCGUGCGCACUGGAUUCCCCGACAUAACAUCGGCAGCUGCGGCACGAGAUCGUGAGAGUAUUGUGUAGUUGUUGGAUGAAGAUUAGCAGGGAGGAGGAGGAGGAGGAGGAGGAGAAGG